CUCUGGUAAGGGAAGGGUGAGAUGCCACCUCAUUAUUUCAAGAAGAGAGUAGAAGUCCAGGUUCCCUACUUGGCCCAAGCUUUGACUAGAUCCGAAUCUAGGAGAGAUGGAGGUUUUAAAAAUAAUUGGAGCUUUGAUCAUGGAGAAGAAAGUGAAGGAGAUACAGAUAAAGAUGAGGCAAAUCUACUCAGUAUAGAUGAAGAUGAGGAUUCUGAAACCUCAAAAGGAAAAAAGUUAAAUCGUCAAUCUGAAAUUGUUGCUACUGGUUCUGGUGAUUCUUGGAAGAUAUAUGCAAGACGAAACAAGUCUGAAAAUUUUAAACCUUUAAAGGGCAACCCAAUUGGACUUAACAUGUUGAGCAACAAAAAGAAGUUGAGUGAAAAUACACAGAAUGCAUCAUUACGUUCUGGAACUGUUAUUGAUGGUAGAUGUUUUCAUCAUGCCAACGCACAGACACCAGUUGUAAAAACAGCAGCUCAAAGCAGUCUGGACCAAAAGGAAAGGAAAGAAUAUCCACCUCAUGUCCAAAAAUUUGAAAAUAAUCCUGUAAGGUUAAGCUGGCCCCAAGGUGUUGAUCAUAUAAUGAAGAAGACAGAAGAAUCUGAAUCAUACUUGGAGUCAGAAAUCAAAAGGAAAGUAUCACAGAAACGUCACAGUACAUAUCAAUCUACUACUCCUGUGUCUCCUGCCUCAAAAAAAUCUUUAUCUGAUUUAGAGGAUUUGCCCAGAAGUUGCAGACAAGCUAUAACUUUGAAUGAAUCAACUGGUCCAUUACUGAGAACAUCAAAUCAUCAGAAUUCUGGAGGACAGAAGUCACAAAACACAGCAUUAACACCCAACAAGUUUUAUGGCAACAGUGUGGGAAAGGUUCCAAUUGAUAUUAUUGUAAACUGUGAUAGACAGAAUUAUUUACAGACUAAUGGGAAAGUCGUUUUACCUAGGGCAAAAGGAGCCAAGACCACAAAUCUAAAAGAAAGGAAAAUAAGCCUGUCAGGCCUAAAUGAUCCAAUCAUUUUGUCCAGUGAUGAUGAUGAUGACAAUGACAGGACUAACAGAAGAGAGAGCAUAUCUCCUCAACCUGCUGACUCAGCAUGUUCUUCCCCAGCACCAUCCACUGGAAAAGUAGAAGCAGCACUAAGUGAAAAUACCGGUAGAGUAGAGCAUGAACUAAGAAGCAUUCCAGCAGAUUCAGAAUUAAAUACAGUUCCGUUGCCAAGAAAAGCAAGAAUGAAAGAUCAGCAAUGGGAAAAAUAUCCUCAGUUUGGUAAUUCUAUUAUCAACACACCUCUAAAACGUCGCAAGGUGAUUGCUCAAGAAACUUUAGUUGAUCCUGUAUCUUUAAGCUGCCCAAGUUCCUAUGGCAGUGUCAUUUUAAACUGUCGAAGUAUACGAGUAGGGACACUCUUUCGGCUAUUAGUAGAACCUGUAAUUUUUUGUUUAGAUUUUAUCAAGAUACCGCUGGAAGAAGCAGAAGCUGAUCCAGUAGGCUUUACUUUAAAUACCUCUGAUCUAACUAAAUGUGAAUGGUGUAAUGUCCGUAAAUUACCAGUCGUAUUUCUUCAGACAAUACCACCAGUUUAUGAAAAGCUGAGCAUGCUGAUACAAAUGAGUAUGGAUGAUAAAGUUUGGACUCAUUGUAAAAGAAUGCAUAAGUUAACAAAUUUGGAAGAACAGUAUAUAAUUUUAAUUUUUCAAAAUGCCCUUGAUCCUCAAGCAAAUACGGUAUUUGAAAGUAUCGUUACUGAAAUUGGUAUAAAGAAUAAUGUAUCCAAUUUUUUUGCGAAAAUUCCCUUUGAAGAAGCCAAUAGCAGACUUGUUGCCUGUACAAAAACCUAUGAAGAAAGGAUCAAAGGAAGUUGUGUGCAAAAAGAAAACAAAAUUAAAAAUGUGCCCCUGGAAUCUAGAAUACAACUUAGAAGCAAACAAUUUCAGUUUUUUGAUGAUGACGAAGAACCUGGAGAGGGUCACACCAUCUUUAUGGGUCCUGUAGAAAAGUUGAUAGUAUAUCCACCACCUCCAGCUAAGGGAGGCAUCUCUGUUACUAAUGAGGACCUGCACUGUCUAAGUGAAGGAGAAUUUUUAAAUGAUGUUAUUAUAGACUUUUAUUUGAAAUAUUUGGUGCUUGAAAAACUGAAGAAAGAAGAUGCUGACCGAAUUCAUGUAUUCAGUUCUUUUUUCUACAAACGCCUUAAUCAGAGAGAAAGGAGAAAUCUCCAUGAAACACCUAAUCUAUCAAUACAGCAAAAGCGGCAUGGGAGAGUAAAAACAUGGACCCGGCAUGUAGAUAUUUUUGAAAAGGAUUUUAUUUUUGUACCCCUUAAUGAAGCUGCACACUGGUUUUUGGCUGUUGUUUGUUUCCCUGGUUUGGAAAAACCGAAGUAUGAACCUAAUCCUCAUUACCAUGAAAAUACAACCAUGCAAAAAUGUUCAACUGUAGAGGACAGUUGUAUUUCUUCUCCUUCAGCCAGUGAAAUGGACAGUUGUUCACAAAACUCUUCUGCCAAGCCUAUAAUUAAGAAGAUGCUAAACAAAAAGCAUUGCAUGGCUGUAAUUGAUUCAAGUGCUGAACAGGAAGAAAGUGACUCUCGUUAUCGGAGAAACAUAUGCAGUGCGAAAUGUAGUCUGAAAAAAAUAAAUCAUACUGCAAGUGAAAAUGAAGAAUCAAAUCAAGGAGAAUCUGCAUGCCAGAAAAUUGUUGAUAGGACUACAAGUGAGAAUGGCCUACAGAAUGAAUAUUUAAAUUCUAUGCACCAUACAGAUGGUUUAAGCAAAAUCAGACUAAACUAUAGUGAUGAAUCAGCUGAAGCUAGUAGAUUGCUUGAAGAUGAACUCAUUGACUUUUCAGAAGAUCAGGAUAACCAGGAUGACAGUAGUGACGAUGGAUUCCUUACCGAUGACAAUUGCAAUUCAGAAAUAGGACAGUGGCAUUUAAAACCUACUAUCUGUAAACAACCUUGUAUCCUACUGAUGGACUCACUCAGAGGCCCUUCUCGAUCAAAUGUUGUAAAAAUUCUAAGAGAGUAUUUAGAGGUGGAAUGGGAAGUUAAAAAAGGAAGCAAAAGAAGUUUUUCCAAAGAUGUUAUGAAAGGCUCUAAUCCAAAAGUACCCCAACAAAAUAACUUUAGUGAUUGUGGUGUAUACGUAUUGCAGUAUGUAGAGAGCUUUUUUGAGAAUCCAAUUAUCAAUUUUGAACUACCUAUGAAUUUGGCAAACUGGUUCUCUCCCCCAAGAAUGAGAACAAAAAGAGAAGAAAUUCGAAACAUAAUUCUAAAGCUGCAGGAAGAUCAGAGUAAAGAGAAAAAGAAGUAUAAGGACACAUACUCAACAGACACAUCUUUGGAUGAAGGAACAGAACAAAGUAUCGACAGUAUCUCAGAUUGACCAUUUCUGAUUCUUGUCAGUGUUGUCCUGAGAAACAGGUGACUUUCAUUUUUGGGUACAGACAGUAAAGAACUGAAGUGCUCACUACUUGUAAUGCUUGUAUAAAUGUCAUAUAAUUAAUUUCCAAUGGAGUAUGUAUUAAGUUAGUCUGUAAAUAUGUUAAUGAGGCCAAUUUUUCCAGCAUUUAUAAUUUUUUUUUUCACUUGUUAGGAAGCUUUUGUUAUGUAUUUUCUGUUAAUAGUAUUGAAAACUGCAACUUCCAAACACUAAAUAAAUAAAUAUUUAUAGGAGGACACGAUUAAUUUGA